AUGGCUGCCAUCAACAACUCGCUAGGAUGGACUUUUCAGGGGCCCACCAAAACCAGGAGCUCGGUAUCCGAGCAGAGCGACACCCUGAUUUGCGUUCUACGCGCUGCCGUCGAAAUCGAGGACGACACAUCAUUGGCAUUGCGACGUUUCCGGGUCCUGGAGCAUCUUGGAAUUACUGAUAACCCGACACGAGACCGAGAUGACCAAGCACUCAUGGAGCGCUUUGAAGGCUCGAUCGAGUUCCAGGACGGGCGCUAUCGAGUGAAUUUACCCUUUAAACAACAACCCAGGGUAGACCUACCGAGCAACAGAGGGGUAGCGCUCGAACGCAUGAAGCGCCUGAGCACGAGACUGACGCGAGACCCAGAGAUGCUCGCCAGGUACGAUGAAGCCAUCCGGACGUACCUAGAGGAGGGACACGCUGAGAAGGUUAAUCCAGCGUCUGCUGAGUCAGACACAGGACAGGUGUACUACAUGCCGCACCGACCUGUGAUUCGGGAGUCUUCAGCCACCACUAAGCUGCGCGUCGUUUUCGAUGCAUCGUCGCACACUAGCGGUGCACCUUCUCUGAACGACUGCCUCGAGAAGGGACCAAAAAUGGUGCCUGACCUUGUCCGGCUUCUCUUGAGGUUCCGACUGCACAGAAUUGCCAUAACAGCGGACGUGCGGAAGGCAUUCCUGCAGAUUGGCAUAAAGGAAGAGGACAGAGACUUUCUUCGUUUCCUAUGGUUUUCUACACUGCCAACCCCUGGCCACGAGAUGCCUCCUGUGGAAGAAUGGAGAAUGACUGCUGUACCUUUUGGGACGGCAGCGAGUCCGUUUCUACUGGCGGCAACCCUCUCCCAUCAUCUCAGACUUAUGAAGGAGGAAUUCCCUGAGACUGCGACAGUGCUAGAGAGCUCCAUGUAUGUUGAUGACAUGAUUACAGGAGCUGCAACAUUGGAGGAAGCGCUGCGCAUCUGUUCUGAAUCAACUGGUAUUUUCAAAAGGGCAGGGAUGGAGCUGGGCAAAUGGGCGUCUAGCUCUAAGGCACUAAACGAUGUGUUUGAGGAACAUACCGCAAAAAACGUGACCCGCGCACUGAGAACAAGUGCUGAAACAAAGGUGCUUGGUGUCGUAUGGAACAGAGAAGACGACGUGUUCAAUUUCGACACUUCUGCCAUCGUUGAUUUCCUCACGAGUCGAAAGAACACGAAGCGAUUUUUGCUCCAAGCAACGGGUAGAAUAUUUGACCCUUUGGGAUUUCUCUCUCCAUUCGUGAUCCGCGUGGAGAUAAUGUUUCAAAAGCUCUGGGAACUCGGAAUCGAUUGGGACUGUGAACUACCAGAUGAUCUCAGCUCAGAGUGGGACACGUGGUGCCAAGAUACUCCGAAGCUGAGCCUGUUACAUACGCAGCGGUGUCUCAUUCCUAUCAGCGAGCAGACUCGAUACACUAUCCAGCUUCACGUUUUCACCGAUGCCAGUCCGCACGCGUACGGGGUUGCUAUGUACCUGCGAGUGCGGACUGAGACUGAACAAGUGCACGUGAACCUCAUGCUUGCGAAGGCACGAGGAGCACCCAUCAAACGUCUCACGUUGCCACGACUUGAAUUAAUGGGGGCCCUGAUUGGAGCUAGGCUACUCAGCUACGCGGCAGGUAUUCUCCACGCGCCUGCAGCUGAAUAUCACAUGUGGACAGACUCCACAAUAGCGCUAAGCUGGAUCCGAUUGUCUACGAACAGAUGGAAGCCAUUUGUGAGCAAUAGGCUUACUGAAAUCCAAGGCAUCACCGAUCCAGCGAGGUGGAGACAUUGUCCCGGCCACUGCAAUCCGGUCGACUUGGUAACAAGAGGCAUCAGAGCUGAAAUCUGUGUUUCGAGCUCGUUGUGGUGGAGAGGACCGGAAUGGCUGCAGCGAGAAGAGGUAUGCUGGCCGGAGCCUUACGUUCACACGGCCCCUGACGACAGAGCACCGAAAGUUGUCGAUGAAGAACGAGCGGGAGCGUCCUCAUCACCACCUUAUCUUAUAUUGGGUGUGGCAGAUAUUGAAGGCCGGCUACUGCAACUUGAGCGCUUCAGCAAGUUAUUAAGGGUAUUGAAAGUGACCGCAUGGGUCAUGAGGUUUGUGGCGAAAUGCCGCCGAACUGAGGACACACCGACCGGACCACUCACCACCGAAGAAAUAAGAGCAGCAGAGACGUACUGGAUACUUCGCACGCAAGAUGAACAAUACCAACCGGAAAUUCACGCACUCAGUAAGCAGCGCUCAGUUAGUCCUGAAUCAGAGCUGUUCCAGAUCAACCCCUUCCUCGACGACCGGGGAAUGUUGCGAGUGACAGGACGACUCCAACAAGGACAGUUGGAACCAGCAGUUCGGCACCCCAUCAUUCUACCUCCACGACAUGGCUUCACGGAGCUCGUGAUUCAGAGCGCACACUGUCGCAUUUUGCACGGAGGACUGUUGGAAACUAUGACAGAGCUAAGAGAAAUGUAUUGGAUACCUAGGUGCCGACAAGUUGUGAAACAGAUAGUAAGGAGAUGUACAGUCUGCUGCAGAUACAAACUGAAGCCAUCGACGGCUCCUACGGCUCCUUUACCCGGUGAGCGAAUCACACGCACACAUCCCUUUGCCGCCAUGGGCAUUGAUUUCGCGGGACCUUUGUAUGUGAAGACAGCCGUCGGAGACGCAAAGAGCUAUGUCGCUUUAUUUACAUACGCAGUAACUCGGGCUGUGUAUCUUGAAAUUGUAUCCAGUUUAUCGACGACGAACUUUCUAUUGGCGUUCCGGCGUUUUGCAUCCCGAAGGGGCCUGCCAGAACUGAUCUACUCGGACAAUGCUUUGACUUUUCGACGAGCGGCUAAGGACAUCAGAGAUCUAUGGGAGCAUAUAAACACCGCCGCAGUCAGAGACUUCUGCUCCACCAGAAACAUCAGGUGGAGGUUCAUCGUUGAACGCGCCGCCUGGUGGGGCGGAUUUUGGGAAAUGAUGGUACGGACGGUAAAGGGUUGCCUUCGAAAGACACUGGGGCGAUUCCACGCGAAAUGA